GCCAACGUCCUAUUGCCUCUGACUCUGCUCGACCUCACCGAACUGUGGCCAAACUCAAAGUCCAUCCGUCAACAUGCGUAUUUCAGCCUCAAUUUCUCUCUCUCUAGCCAUGCUGCUGUCUCUCUUUGCCAUUGCCACGGGCCUUCCGACCAAACUUGAACCAGAGACAGACGCAAGCGUUGUCCGCACUCCGCAGGUUCAGCGGGAUGAAGGGAUCCAGGACGCCGACGACUAUGUCCGAAAUAGCUGGUCCGAAUAGACUGCGACCAAGGAAUGGCAGGAGUACCAGCGAGGGUUAGGGUUCUCAAUGUGGUGCGAUAGUAUGAAUCUCGUAUAAUGCUCCUGGGGUAUCGUGUACGAGAAUUACAAUCAUUGGUUGCCUAUUCGCAACGUUCGUACUACUGUAGACCAAUCCACUUCCGUACCAUAGCCAUG